AUGCCGGACGAAAGCAAUGAUUACGAUGAUACAUGCGAAAUGGGGGGUCAAAAGGAAGAGGCAGUCGCCACUACUCAGGACACCUUGCGCACUCCUAGACCCAAGGAGGAUGGGGCAUUGGAUCUAGCGGAGUGGCUGUCUACUUCUUUUGGCCAUCUGAUCGGCACAUCAUCUUAUUGGAUGUUUUGGAAGCCCAUCGCAUGGUUGGACAAGGACAUGGCAACACACUGCGGUGACCGAACAAUGAGGCACUCUGCAAUGGACUUUUGGCUCUCAGGGUGCCCAAGAUUUUUCUUGCAGGUCAAUACCCUUGUUGGAUUCUUUUACACGACUGAGGGUGAACCGGAGAAAUUGAACGCUGCGAAUGCUGGCAUCCGUCAUCCGUGGCUUGCUUUCUUGAGACCAGUCGACGUUCUUUCGCAUCCUUUCCAGUAUUCUGCAAUGGAGCUGUUAAUCUGGGACUGUGCUGCUGAGAAUCGAUGGCCGUCUCAUCCUCGUCGCAAAGAUCUACUUCCUAUGCAGCAAAGGCUGAUCGACACUGUAGGGAAAGAGCUGCCGAGAAAGUUUCCCGAGGAAGAUCCUUUCAAAAGAAAACGCUACUACCUUGAGCGCGUCCUUGUUGGUGGCUGUCGAGUUGUCACGCAGGCCGAUCCGUCAAAGCCUUUGCACACCACGCGCAAGAUACUCAGUGACAUCGUCAACGGCAGUCAGCCCCUGCCGCUGACCGACGAGUCCUUGAUUGCAGCAGGCUGGAAGAAUCUGGAAGAGGUGCCAGUCAAGAAGAACCAAUUCCCUAGAAACCCAGCCGACGACUCAGAGCCGGAAAGAAUCAUAUUCCACCCUCCCCCUCGCGGUUCAGGAAGUAAUGGACCAUCUCUUUGCAGAAAUGACCUCUACGAUGCAGCACUGGAGGCACGCAAAAGGGAUCCGCAAUGCAUCGAAUUUCGGUACGAUUUCAGAAUUACGACCCGUUGGUAUGAUCACUUGAAGAAAGAAAAUCGACAAUAUAAUCAUAUCCUUGUGGAGAGUUGGAAUAAAGUCUUUGACGAAUGUGGUAUCCCUCAUACCACUGAUACCACGUAA